CAAAAAUUAACAUCAGAAACAGCGCCGGAUCAACAAUCUUGCGGCCCCACAUUAAAUUAUUUCUUUUGAGAUAGUUGAACAUCGACAACCUUCUUUUUUGUUAAAACACAAAUCAAACAUGCCGAUUACCAAGAAGCGCAAGGUCGCACACGCGGCACCUGCUGCACCUGUUGAAGACAGCGACGUUGCAUCAAAUGCAGGCUCCGCAAGCCCCCAACCCACCGCUGAGGACCCCGAUGUUGAAGAUGGCGCGAGCGAUUCAAACCCCCAAUCCGCCGCUGAUGACCCCGUUGUCGAAGAUGCUUCCUCCGAGACUGAGCCCAGUGCUCCCAGUGCUCCCAAGACAUUCAAAGAACUAGGUCUGAUUGACUCACUCUGCGAGGCCUGUGACAAAAUGGGAUACAAGGCCCCUACACCAAUCCAGUCUGAAUCAAUCCCGCUGGCACUUCAGGGUCGUGAUAUUAUCGGAUUGGCUGAAACAGGAUCUGGAAAAACUGCCGCCUUCGUUCUACCAAUUCUUCAAGCACUCAUGGAAAAACCCCAGCCGUUCUUUGGGCUCGUAAUGGCCCCAACCCGUGAACUGGCAUACCAGAUUUCACUAGCAUGCGAGUCCCUUGGUGCAACAAUUAACGUUAGAUCCACUACGUUGGUCGGCGGCAUGGACAUGGUUCCUCAGUCCAUCGCUUUGGGAAAGAAGCCGCACAUCAUCGUUGCCACGCCCGGCAGACUUCUCGACCACCUCGAGAAUACAAAGGGAUUUUCCCUCCGCAACUUGAAAUUCCUCGUCAUGGACGAAGCAGACAGACUCCUCGACAUGGAUUUCGGCCCCAUUCUCGAUAAGAUCCUGAAGGUCCUGCCGCGCGAGCGCAGAACCUUCCUAUUCUCCGCCACUCUUAGCUCAAAGGUUGAGUCUCUCCAGCGAGCCUCACUGUCAAAUCCGGCCCGCGUCUCGAUCUCUACCAGCAAGUACGCUACCGUGGAAACCCUCCAGCAAACUUAUAUCCUUCGUCCUUAUAAACACAAGGACAUCUACCUUGUCUACCUCCUCCACGAAUUCAUCGGCCAGUCUGUUAUUAUCUUCAUGCGCACCGUUCAUGAGACGCAGCGUGUUGCUUUCCUGUUGCGCGGUCUAGGCUUCGGCGCAAUCCCUCUCCAUGGGCAGAUGUCUCAAUCUGCACGUCUGGGAGCACUGGGAAAGUUCCGAUCGAAAAGUCGCGAGAUCCUGGUUGCCACCGAUGUUGCUGCUCGUGGUUUGGAUAUCCCCUCUGUGGACUGCGUUUUGAACUUUGACUUGCCAACCGACAGUAAGACCUAUAUUCAUCGAGUAGGCCGUACAGCACGUGCCGGAAAGUCUGGAACCGCCAUCUCCUUUGUCACGCAAUAUGAUGUGGAAAUCUGGCAGCGUAUAGAGGCUGCAAUGGGCAAAGAGUUGGCCGAGUACCCCGCCCCUAAAGAUGAGGCUAUGGUCUUUGCCGAGCAAGUGAGUGCUUCGCAGCGUGACGCCAUUCAGGCAAUGAAGCACUACGACGAGAAGAAGGGGGCCAAAGGCAAAGGAAAGUUCUCAUUCAAGGGCAAGCGAAGUCGCGAUGCCAUGGACCAGGAAGAGGGCUAGAAUUCUUUUCUGGUUCAUUUGCUGUUGCUUUUUUU